CCCCUCGUCUGUGUUUUCGCGGAAGUCGUAUAAUAAGAACACAAGUGGGGGAGGGGACAGGUACGUUACAUAUAUACAGGACAAUUCAGGUCACCCACUUUCAUGUGUACGACGGACGUAUCUCACAGGUAAUAUGAGAAUGCGGACAGGUAGAUAUCUUGUACAGGUGGAGCGUCCUCGUGACAGGUCAGCGUCCUCGUGACAGGUCAACUGAGGUACAGACAAACAGUACAGCCAGCAAAGGUGGACAAAGCAAAACUGACCAUCAACUUAACAACGAGAGAAGUCGGACAAAUCCAUAGCAACGAGUACAAGACUCGCGGCAACAUACUGUCAGUAUAAGGGUUGAUUUGCCAACACAGUGAUAUAUUUUCAUGGACAACCGAUUUAAAUCAAUUGUAGGCAUGGAGCCAUGAAUUUUUGAAGGAAUGGGAAUGCUGAGACCAGAAAAAGGUCACAAGGACAGAACGAGGCUCAUUGGUUUACAAGAAAAUAGUUUCAAAAUGAACUUCCGGCGGUGUAAAAUGAAUCUGGUCACGACUAUCUUGGUCGUAAAUAUGUUUGGCUUGUUGAUGAUCAUUCUUGUGAACACGCGGCCACGUUGGCUCAGCAACGCAAUGGACGGUUACUACUCCCGCGAAAAAAUGUUCAGUGACGUCAGUGUUUCUGGAGAGUAUAACUCGCUGAAGUGGGAGCCGGCUCAGGGCUCCGUCUUUGAUACCAUGGGUGACGCCAGAGAAAUGGUGGUGCGCGCUCUGGAGAGUGAUAAAUUGCCGUCUAUUCAUGUUCCGUUCCCUAAUGAUAUAGACAUGUCCAAGUACAAAUACACUGACGUACUGAAUUUCAUUGUUCCCGUCCCUCAAGUGACUACGACGGACAGAGUGUACAAGCUCAAUAGAACCAUCAUGGAUAGCCAUCUUAAGUUAAAACCAAGAAAAUACACCGAAAAAAUCGUGAUUCUGACACCCAUUCACAAUAGCGAAAAGAGUCUGAUGAACUUUGUACGGGAGGUCAACCAUCUAACCUACCCCCAUCACCUCAUAUCGGUUGUGUUUGGCGAGGACAGUAGCCAUGACGGAACUCUCACGGUAGCUCACGAAGUCGCGCAAGACUUGAAGGACUUUGGUUUUAAAAGAACGGAUGUUCUUCAUUUUAACAUUACAGGACAAGUAACCGGUGGUUGGGGCGAUAUUCAUCACAUAUUGGCUCAGUAUAAACGCCGGAAACAUCUUGCGCAGGCGCGGAACCUUCUUCUGAAAGGUGGUCUUAAAGAUGAGGACUAUGUUAUGUGGAUAGACAGUGACGUUGGCAGUAUGCCCCCUGACCUCAUAGAACAGCUUUUAUACGCUGAAAAAGAUGUGGUUACGCCCCUAUGUCUCUUCUCUUCCGGUGGCGAAGAUCGCGUUUAUGACAAGAACACUUGGCGGGAAACCGAAGAUUCGAUUCGGAAUCAAAAGAAACUUAAGCCGUAUGAGCUGGUGGUGGAAGGUUACAGCACCACCUUGCGGCUGUAUCUAUCUGACCUUCGGGCCGAAGGUCGGGUCGUACGGCUUGAUGGCGUUGGUGGAUGUAGUCUAUUAAUCAAAGCAGACUGUCACAGAAAGGGACUUAAAUUUCCGGAAGAAAUUUAUGACCAUCAUAUAGAAACGGAGGGUUUAGCGAAAAUGGCCAAAAACAUGUCUUUUGGUGUGUAUGGACUCCCGUUUGUGUUAGUUCAUCAUUCUUGAUGUCGACAGCUACACCAGUAGUGUUCGAUUUAAUUUAAUUUCCUACAUCUUAACACAUAGUUUCUUUAUAAAAGAACUGUGUAUUGAGAUUGAAAACCCUUGGAUUUCGGAGGUGGGAUAUCCUAUUGUUAAAUGUUGUCACUCAGAACGUGACUUUUUAAGUUACGCGGAAUUCUUAUAUAAUUUGGAUUUAUAUUUAUCAUGGAAAUCUUUUUUUCUCAAAAAGUUGUUUUCAACGAGGAUUUAACAUUACAAAGGGAGGUAACUCGUGCAUUUUAAUUUUCACUUUUGUACAUAUUUGAAUUUCAUUAUACUUAUUGUAUAAUUCUAUAAAUUAUCACAUUAAUUGUUUCUGCUAAUGUUUUUUUUAUAUUUAUUUCUCGGAUAUUUGCAAUUGAUCAGAGAAUAAAUUCUGGAAACAAAGUUAUCUCCCUUGUAGAGUUAAAACCCCUUAGGGCUAAGCCUUUUCAUAUUUCUUUAAGAAAAUGGCUUUCGGAAUAAUCUUGCAUAUCUAUGCCAAUUUCGGAGAUAAUUGUAUUUACGUAUGUUUAAAUAAUGCAUAAAUAUUCGUGAGUAUACCGUAUUUUAUCGGUGAUGAGCCCAUGUCCGAAAAUAAGCCCACCCCAAAAAAGGAAAACGUUGCCAAAAAAUCAAACUAUAUUAAUUCCGAAUAUUCCAUGUUGCCAUGCGUUUUACAGUAUUUUAGAUGUUAAGGCAUUUUAUUUCUUGAAAAUAGAACAAAAUGCAAGACUCAUGACUUUCCCGUUAAAAAGACAACACUUUACCGAUGUCGUCAUUCGGGAAUUAUAGACACGGCAUUAAAACGAGUUUCCAAUUUCUGAACAAAAAGGGAGAGUACUCCAAGUUCAAAAAUCUCUGGAAUGGAACUUCGCGAUGAAUGUUGCAGGGGUAUCCGCUACCUUAAUAUAUAGAAUGUGUUAUCGGAGUUUCCAGGUCAGAUAUCAGUCAGCACAGCGUUUCGGGUAUAACCAGUUGAGAUGGAAAUCCAGUUGUUUAAUUGUUUUCAAAGUGUCAUGUCCCUGUUUAUGUUGUAUAACUGCAUUGCAUCGUUUCCGAGAUACAAGUUUCCGAAACAAAAGGCAAGUGAUUUGGUGGUUAAGUCUAGUUCAACCAGACGCUUGAUCACUGUGUAACUAUUGGACGUAGCUUGCGCAUGGAAAACAAGAGUCUGGUUGAACGAGAUGUAUGCUUCCGGUUUAAGGUAAACCAGUAGUAUGCCUACUUCGUUGCAGUGUAAGAUCCGUUCGUUUUAGAAAUGGCUAAAAUUUCACAUACGUCACAAAAGGGAGAUCUACUUACUAGUACCCGCUCGUCUAAUAUGUUUUAACUGCUGUCAAAUUAUCGUUGUUUACCGGAAGUGCAUAUAUCCCCCUAUCACGUGACAUGCAUAUCUAAAACCUGGUCGAAUCGACGUAAUCGUAGUGACAUGGGAUGCCCAAAGUAAUCCCGAUCGGAUCACUCCGCCAUUUUCCGUGGCAUGCUCAAAAAUAGAUUUCACGGAAAAUGCCAAGCGAGGUCUUGAGUGUAUUCCGUAACCCAGGAACUCUGGGCUAUUGUCUUACUCGUUCAUAAGUAACACCUCGCCCCGAUUAAAGUGCCUUCCAUCAAAGUAACCAAUUGUUGGGGUGAUCUUUCAUCAGUUAGAUGACCGAAGUGAUCGAGACCCAGGUGUUCUGAAUGUGUUUUAUUUAUUACGAGAGAGGAAAUACCUCCUGUCGCAAUCUCGACCAAGAGUUGUCUUUCCUUGCACUCACAGAGAUGUAAGGAACGACAGCUCUGAGUGAGAUUCCCUCUUUUUGAGUAUCACCGUAAUUUUCGUGCUAAUGACAAUUAUUAUUUACUUGCAUUCCUAUGACACUCGUGGCAUUGUAUAUUUACAUUCCAUUUCUUUAAUAUCUCUUUCACUAUCUUAACUAUGUAUGUUCUUUUAAAAAUAUGUGUUUUAGUACAUUCCAUGUUAUCCAUUUAAUUUAUCUAUGUAUGCCGUAUGCAUAAAAUAUACAUAAAUAUGCAAUCAAACCAUUUCAGUAUGUAAGGUACCCAAGUUAGGACUACUUGUAGUUCAGAUUUGUCUUUGUCUUACAAGUAGGGAGAGAAACCCAGGAUAAGGAGACAUAUUGGCGCUAUGGGGUGGGGGUGGGGGUGGCGUAGAAGAGGUUAGAAAAUGAGAUGGAAGGUUGAGGUUUGUCGGGCGGGUUGGGAAAGAAGAAGAUAGGCGAACUUUGCAUCCUCGUCCCAAACACAAUAUCCUGGCGCGGCGUCAUUUAUCAGGUCCUUCAGUAAAGGAAUAACAUACCUCAAGUUGAAUGGAAGGAACUGGAAAGGGAUGGGUUGGAGGAUUUGGUGCUGUUGAUCAUGUUUUCGAGGGCGACCAAUUUUCGUUGCCGGCUCAGGCAAAAGUCAAAAUUGUUCGUCUCUCGUUAUGUAUUUUUCUUUGUACUUUACAUCGAUCGAUGUUGCGAUGAAUUUAUUGAAAUAUGAAAAAAACACUUGUCACAAUUGUAAUGUGUUGUAUACAUCAACGUGGUUGAUUCUGUUCUAGUGUAAUCGUUUCUGGAAACGACAA